CGGCAAGCAGCCGUUGAGUGUGCGUUCAAAAGUCAUUCAGUUGUGACCGGUCGAACGGUGAACAUUUCAGUGUUAUUUUCCUGUUACGCCAAUUUCUAAGAAGCAAAAGUAUGGUUGACGCAGCCGUCUUGGACAAAUUGGAAUCUGGCUACGCCAAAUUGGCAGCCUCAGAUUCCAAAUCCCUUUUGAAGAAACAUUUAACAAAGGAAAUCUUUGACAACCUCAAAACCAAGAAGACUUCCUUUGGCUCUACCUUGCUUGACUGCAUCCAGUCUGGUUUGGAAAACCAUGAUUCAGGUGUAGGUAUCUAUGCCCCAGAUGCUGAAGCUUACUCCGUUUUUGCUGAUCUGUUCGACCCGAUCAUUGAAGAAUAUCACUUCGGUUUCAAGAAAACUGACAAGCACCCCCCCAAGAACUGGGGUGAUGUAGAUACUUUGGGCAACUUGGACCCCACUGGUGAAUUUGUUGUAUCCACCCGUGUCCGUUGUGGACGUUCCAUGGAAGGCUAUCCAUUCAACCCUUGCUUGACUGAAGCCCAAUACAAGGAAAUGGAAGAAAAAGUAUCCAGCACACUUUCUGGAUUGGAAGGAGAAUUGAAAGGAAAAUUCCACCCAUUGACUGGUAUGCCAAAAGAUGUUCAGCAACAGCUCAUUGAUGAUCACUUCUUAUUCAAGGAGGGCGAUCGUUUCUUGCAAUCUGCUAAUGCUUGCCGUUUCUGGCCAACUGGACGUGGUAUCUAUCACAAUGAUAACAAAACUUUCCUCGUCUGGUGCAAUGAGGAAGAUCACUUGAGAAUCAUCUCCAUGCAAAUGGGAGGAGAUUUAGGCUGUGUGUACCGUCGUCUUGUAAAUGCUGUGAAUGAUAUUGAGAAGCGUAUUCCUUUCUCUCACCACGAUAGAUUAGGUUUCCUCACUUUCUGUCCCACUAACUUGGGAACUACUGUCCGUGCCUCUGUGCACAUCAAGGUCCCUAAGUUGGCUGCUAACCGCGCCAAGUUGGAAGAAGUUGCUGGACGUUACAAUCUCCAAGUUCGUGGAACUCGUGGUGAACACACUGAAGCUGAAGGUGGUGUCUACGAUAUCUCCAACAAGAGGCGCAUGGGCCUGACUGAAUACCAAGCUGUCAAGGAGAUGCACGAUGGCAUUGCUGAACUCAUUAAGAUGGAGAAAGAAAUGUAAACAUUUCACUUUUAUCAUCAGACUAUUUUUUGUGAUCAAAUAAAUGGUCAUGCGAUAGAUAUUGGCAAAGAUUCUAUCAGUAUUUCUAUUUUUAAAUAAUAAUUUAUAUUAUAUUGUUACAACUUUUUUUCAAUAAUUUAAUUUUUAUUUGUACUAAAACUAUUUAAAUUGUUUUAAUAUGCCAAUUUUGCUUAUUUUAAUGAAAAUAAAUAGUAUCAAAAUAUAUUAAUAUGUUUAAAUAUGCCAUAGAUCUUUAGAAAAUGGUUAAGGAAUAAUACAUGUUUGGAUUCUUAUAAUAAUAAAAGUAAUUCAUUACAAUUGUUCUAGAUUACGUUAUUGAUUGAACGAAAGAUCAGUUUUGUUCAUUGUGAUGAAUGCAAAUUAAUGUUAAUGAUGUAAAACAUUGUACAGAUAUUGUUACUUCAAUAUAUUUGACAUCAUUCCUGUAACAAUAAUUUGGCAAAACAAAAAUGGAACUAUAAAUAAAAAUAAAUUUAUUAAAUGA